AUGCGAAAUAAACAGAUGGCAAACUUUCUUGUUUACAUUAACACGAAAACAUAUAAAUCGACUGCACUGUCGCUGGAGCCUACAAUAGACUGGGUGCCCCAAUACAGACAGUCACCUAGCAAAUUUUUCUUCUUUCCAUCAUUUUUUUCUUUUUCUUUAUUUUUUCUUUUUCUACGCCCCUUUCAUUCUUUUUACUUUUCCGAUUUUGAAAAAUAUUCCCGCUUUACUGAUUUUUCUUUCUUUCUCUUUUCUUCUUUCCUUUUCCAUUUUUCUAUCUUUUUUUUCCUUUUUUUUUUAUUCAUUUUUCAUGUGGCACAAGGCCAGGCCGGGUUUCUUGUUUUUUUUUUUUUUUUUUUGUUAUCUUUUCGUUUAUUUUAUUUCUAUUUUUCACUUUCUACUUUUUAUUUAUUUUCUUUCUUCUGUUUUUUUUUUUUUCUGCCGUUUUCAUCUACCUCCCCCUUUUCUUUCCUUUUUUCUUUCUUUUCACUUUAUAUUCUUUCUUUUUUCUUUUUCAUUUUCUUUUUCAUUCACUUUUUUUCAAUUUUUUUUCUUUCUUUUUUUCUUUCUACGGCCUUUCUCUUUCUCCUUUCAUUUAUUAGAUUUUCUUUCUUUUUUAUUUCUACGUCUUUUCCAUUGCUUUCUUUUUUCUGUUAUGUAAUUCAUUUCUUAUUCCAAUUCUUUAUUUUUACUGCCCUUUUUCUUGAACUUUUUCCAUUCUUCAUUUCUUUUUGUUGUUUUAAUAUCAAGUACUUAAGUCUUUAUUUUUAUAUCCUUCUUUCUGAUUUUAUUCACUUUAUUUGCAUUCUUUGUGACGACUUAAACUAG